AUGCAUCUACCAUUUGGAUGGACGAUGGAUAUACGAUACCCGCUACUAUUGACGCUGAUCGCCAUGAUCGAUCUCGUCAUCACGCUGAAGGACGUGCGCGUCAGUGUUCCGGUCGCCAUCAAGCGGGGCGAUAAUGCAAAUUUGAUCUGCCAUUACGACAUGGAGGGUGCCGAGCUGUACUCCGUCAAGUGGUACAAGGGAAAGCGUGAGUUUUUCCGCUACACACCGAAGGAAAUACCCGCCCUGAAAUCGUUCGUCGUCGCGGGACUCUCGGUGGAGCGCCCACUAUCGAACGGCAGCCAUCUCACAUUGAUGGCGGUCGAGCCUACGGCAACGGGUAAAUACAGCUGCGAAGUGUCCGCCGAUUUACCGUCAUUCGAUACGAUGAUCGUAUCCAGCGAGAUGGAAGUUGUUGACGUUCCUGUAACAAAGCCGCUAAUUACGGGCAUCAAACAGUUCUACCGAAUAGGGGACGUAGUGCUGGGGAACUGCACGUCCUACAACUCGAAACCGGCUGCCAAUCUUUCCUGGCUGUUGGACGACAAAAAGGUCAAUGCAUCACAGAUGAUGCAGUACCCGGUCUACAAGGAUCAUCGAAGCGGACUCGACACCUCUACCCUUGGAUUGUUUUUUCAUCUCUCACAUCACUUUCUCGGACGAAGUAAACUGAAAUUUAGCUGCAUUGCUAAAAUUCACGACGUCUAUGAGCAGCGUGUCGAUCGGUGGAUCGAGGAUGAGCGACCGAAGCUGAUGGCCGCCUCGGCGUCACCGGUUGGGCUGAAUCCGGUCAACUACGUCCAUUCGAUCUACGACCAGUCGUCGGCCGCAUCUUCCUACCAUCAUCACGAUGGUAGCGAUUUCGACAAUCAGAACAGCGAUGCCUACAUGACACAAAUACAAGGAGACAUGUCAUCAUCAGCAUCCAGCCUCGGUGCGGGGCGAAUAAUCCUUACGCUUGGUGUUCUGCAUUCUGGCAGCCGGACAGCACUGGUAGCGGUUAUGCAAAUAGUGUUUUCAACCGUAGUGGCAUUGCUUUCCGGUGCAGGAAGUGUAGGUCAACGGCCGGCGUCUUGUGGUCGCCGCCGGGGCACCCGUCACCUCUACGCAAUCUGAAUACGGUCGGACUCGGUGAUCGGUGUGAACAUAGCCAUAGCCGCCAAACCCAUUUCUCCCGUUCGCCCCCUUUCGUUAGUGGGUCAGUUUAGGUUUGCAUUCUGUGGAGUGGUUUCCAUUCCGAUGCUCGUGCACCCGGAAAUGGUUCCCAGCGAGGGCCAUUUAGCAUGGUUUGAAGAUGAGGCAAUGAAAAAAUGAGUAUCAUGCACAAUCCCUUUGGUACCGGGUACCGGGUAGAUCCGUGAAAACCAUCCGGUUGGAAGGACGGACAUCGUUUUAGUCGCGAGCGGAAACUGUCAAACGGAACGGAAAACAUCAAAAUCGUAGUAAAUGGAAUGUGAGUAAAUGAAGAAAAAAAUAAAUAAAUAAACAAACAAUAAAUGCACAGUGAAACAACCAAAACUUCUUUCCGGCAUCGAAGACGGGUCAGUACGGUCAAUAGAACGGAGGCAUUCCAUUUCGUUGUUGCGCGAUGUAAAUAUGGUUCGUUGCGUUGCUCAGGACAACAGUAGCAGCCGGUUGGUAUUUAAAAAUGAGAACAAGAAAAAACCAAGACCGGCAAAAAAAAGGAUGAGCGGUUGAGUUCAUUUUCUUCCCGCAGCUGAGUGAUCUUCCUGUUAAGAGAUAUGAUGUAAAUGCAAGUGAUGGUCGCAUGGACAGAAAAAAAGGAAACUAACGGUCAUUGAAGGGAGCACAAACUAGAACGGAAUGGAAAUGAUCCAAUAUCGUGUCCAGAAGGAAAUGACAGCACAAUGCACCCCCUGUAAGCUCGUCAAGAUUGCAGCCGUGAAUGAAACAAAUUUAAUAAAAAAAGUAUCCCUUCUCUCAGCGUCUGCCAGCGAUUUUUUAUUCUACCCGUUGUUUGGUUGUGGGUGUAGUGACCCUUUAAUGGUGGUAGCAAUGAAGAACGAGAAAUAAAAACUGUGACA